CUUGCUUCGUGCAACAGUGCAACAUAUUGUCCCUUCACCAAAGACCUGAAGAUCAUUGCGUCUUGCUUUUUGUUCACUCUUACCCCCCCUUUGCCUACAACCAAAGUCAGAAGUCAUGGCUCCGGCACGAAUCAUAACGAUCUCUUCAGGACCCGAUCGAGAUGCUCCCAUUCCGGCCAGCGACGCUCGCCACGAGAACCAGUGGUACAAUCAAGAUUUCGACGGCUAUCGUAUCACAGAGCAGCCCUUACAUGCGAAAAGACACAUUCGUAUGAUCUGUGUUGGCGCUGGAGCCGCCGGGCUGCAGAUCGCAUACAAAGCGGAGCGCCUCCUCGAGAAUGUCGAGCUCCGGAUCUAUGAGAAGAACCAUGACAUCGGAGGAACCUGGCUUGAGAACCGGUAUCCGGGCUGCACUUGUGACAUCCCAAGUCAUAGCUAUCAGUUCACUUGGGAGAAGAAUCCAAAUUGGAGCCAUUUCUACUCUUCGUCUGAGGAAAUCUGGAGAUACUUCAAGCAUGUGUCGACGAAGUAUGACCUAGAGAAAUACGUCAAGUUCAACACCAAGGUUCAAUCAGCGCGGUGGGAUGAAGACGCUGGGAUGUGGCGACUCAUCGUCAUAGCUGCAGAUGGCAGUCAGUUUGAGGACGAAUGUGAGAUUCUGGUUAAUGGAUCUGGGGUACUCAACACCUACAAAUAUCCGAACAUCCCAGGCAUCAAAGAGUUUGGUGGAAAGCUCAUGCACAGUGCGGCUUGGGAUGGCAACUAUGACUUGAGUGGGAAGACCGUAGCUGUCAUCGGAGGUGGUUCUUCUGCAGUGCAAAUAAUUCCAAAUAUUCAACCCGUGGUUGGAAAAUUGAUACCCUUCCUAAGAUCAUCUGUGUGGAUCACGACCGGAUUUGGUGCAAAGUAUGCCGGCCCAGGGGGGACUAACUUCAAGUACACGGAUGAACAGUUGGAAGAAUUCAGGAAGGAUCCCGCGAGGCUGGCCAAGUAUUGCAGGGAUAUCGAAGGCGAGCUCAACAAGCGCUUUACUCUGAUGCACAGAACGAGCAAAGAUCAAAAGGCAUCCAGAGAUCUAGUUGCAGAUAUCAUGCGGGAGCACCUCGAUAACGAUUCAUUUCUCACCAAGAAAAUAAUUCCUGGAUUUGACCUUGGCUGCCGAAGAAUGACUCCGGGCUCGGGAUAUCUACAAUCAUUGAAGAAAGAUAAUGUCCAAGUUGUGACGGAAUCAGUUGUGAAAUUCACGAAAGAUGGGCUGGUGGAUGAUUCAGGUACCGAGCACAAGGUAGAUGUGGUAGUCUGUGCUACUGGCUUCGAUGUUUCGUUCACGCCUCGCUUCGAGGUGACUGGCCGCGAUGGAGCAAAUAUCAAGGAACAAUUUGGAGAGAACCCUAAAGCGUACCUGAGCAUCACCGCUCCCAACUUCCCAAACAUGUUUUUGUUUAUCGGCCCCAACGGGCCUGCGAGUCACAGCUCCCUCCUGCCGAUAUUGGAAUGGCACACGCGAUAUCUCUUCCAGAUGGUGGAAAAGAUGCAAACCGAGAACAUCAAAGCUUUUGCCCCAAAGAUGGCCGCUGCUGAGGAACUCUACCAACACACACAUGAGUUGAUGAAGCGACUUGUCUGGUCGUCACCGUGCAGAUCGUGGUUCAAGAUGGGCAAGCAACACGGCCCCGUCACAGCAAUUUAUCCUGGCAGUCGACUGCAUUAUUUUGAGAUGCUGAAAAAUGUGAGAUAUGAAGAUUACGAUAUCACCUAUCGCAGCAAAAACAGAUUCCAGUUUAUGGGGAACGGCUACACUCAGUGUGAGCUGAAUGUUGAUGGAGAUCCUGUCUGGUAUUUCGAUGACCCGUUUGUUCUUAUCUAGACGAAGUAGAUAGCUUUCCAAAGCAUUUAAAUGGCC